ACUAUACCUAGUGGUAAUUUAGUCUCAAUCAAGCAAUAAUAUGUCAACCACGACCAAUCAAUCUCCCAAACCCAAAUUAUAUGGCAAAGUAGCCAUAAUCACCGGCGGCGCCAGUGGCAUUGGCAAGGCAACUGCACAAUUAUUUGUCGAUCAUGGUGCUGUGGUGGUCAUCGCUGACAUCCAAGAUGAACUUGGACGCCAAGUCGCUGAAUCAAUCGACGUUAGUAGGUGCAGUUACGUGCAUUGUGAUGUCACUAAGGAAGAACAAGUCAAAUUUACGGUUGAAUGGACGGUCCAAAAGUACCACCGUCUAGACAUCAUGUUUUGCAAUGCUGGAAUAUGUAGUCGUCCACCACAAACCGUGUUGGAGCUCGAUCUCUCAACUUUCGACCGGGUGCUGGCAGUCAACACCCGAGGAGUAGCAACGUGCGUGAAGCAUGCGGCUCGCGUGAUGAUGGAGCAACAUGUGAGAGGAAGUAUUGUUUGCAUGGGGAGCGCGGUGGCCAUUCGUGGGAGGAGGAGGUUCACCGAUUACUGUAUGUCGAAGCAUGCCGUCCUGGGGCUGGUUCGUUCGGCGAGCUUGCAACUCGGGGAGCACGGCAUUAGGGUGAAUUGUGUCUCUCCAAGCGCACUGGCAACUCCGCUCUCAUGUGUUGCCAGUAGGAUGGAGGCGGAAGAGCUUGAGAGAGAAAAUGAGACAUUUUCGAGUUUGAAAGGAGUGGUGUUGAAGACGCGACAUGUGGCAGAUGCUGUUUUGUUUCUUGCAAGUGAUGAAUCUGAGUUCAUCACUGGUCAUAACUUGGAAGUCGACGGCGGCUUUAUUUCGACCUGAAUCCCUAGUUUUUUCUUUAUUCUUCUUUUGCAACGUGCUGGACCCUCAAAUUGUUACGUUCGCUUUCAUAUAUUUUUGGAUAUUUUUUCAAAGCAACUAAUUUUUAUCAGGAAUUUUCGUAUGUUCUUGUGUAUUUCGUGGCAAUAAUACUUGAAGCCUUUCUCUGUC